UCGUAAGCAAAGGACAAAUAACUGGAUUUUCAGCAUCAAGCCAAUGUGAUGGGACCAAGCAAGCCAACUAUGUCUGAUGCUACAUUUGCAUUCACUACCCAGCUAUACAGGAACGAAGCAAAGGCUUUACAAACACAGCUCCAGUUUAAUAGAAAUGUUCCUGCAAUUCCAGAGAACUUGGCUUUCAGAUUCUCUAACCCCCGUCCAAUUAUAAUAGAAAAACUGAAGGCAUCCAAUGAUCAGAGAAAUCUAGCUGGAAGUGAGGACCCCAGCAUAAGAAGCUCUGGCAUGUUUUCAGUGGUAUCUGAAGAGAGACUAAAAUUGGCUAUUCAGCUAGCCAAAAGGGACAUAAAACGAAGACACCUUGAAGAGCAAGUGAAACAGCAAGUGUUUGGAGACGCUGUCAAUAAACCAUUGUUGGCCCAGAAGUCACAACAGCAGAAGACUGAAGUAUUCGAAAGUCCAGAAAAGAAAAAUGCACUGAAGUCUCAAACUCACUUAAAAUAUCAGCAGAAACUUGGUCAGCCUUCCAAAGUGGAGACUACCACCUCUGGUGCUAAAGUUUAUCUCUACACACCAAAUGAGGGAAAGCUAAUACCAGCUGUUUUGGACUCUCCACCCACCCGUGACACAGGACCGGACCCCAAGCCAAACGUAAACAAAAAGGAAGAUAAAAAUACGCAGGAAGUCCGACGGCUGCAAAAGGAAUUGAGGAGCUAUGUCCAGAAAAUUGAAGAACUGACUAAAAAAGGGAGAGAGAGAGAAGUUUUAGAUCCUGAUAAAGAGCAACAAGUUUGCACUAGGAGACAGAAACAAGCUGCACGGUCAGCUCGGAUGCUGUAUGUACUCCAGCAACAGGUAAAAGAAAUUCAGGAUGAUUUAGAGAAACUGAGUCCUCAUAAAAUCAAACAUACUAAAAAGUCUCGAGCAGUAUCCAGAUUGGCAGCAGCACACAGAGGAGCUGUACGAGCCUUGCAGGCAUUUGCUCAUCAGUUUACAGAUCAAACAGAGCAGCAGAUUCCUACCCACUACAAGGAACUGGGCAGUCUCAUUCGACAACUGUCUCUCUGUUCCGCCAAACUAGAAGUGGAUUCUUCCAUUUCUGACAUUAUCAUAGAUAUUUUGCUGCAAGUUGAGGAUCUGGAUUCACUGCUGGAAAAGAAACAAACACCAAAAAAAGUGAAGAAAUGUAUUUCAGCAUCUCAGGGCAAAUCUCCAAGGAAUGCUGAGACAUUUCCAGCCAGAAAGCAGCUUACAUCUCCAAAAGGAGAAAACAAACCUCUCAUCUUAAAGGGACAGCAUGGACAAGAACCUAGAAAACCUCCAGCUGCCAGGAGUCUCUUGACUGCAGUUCAGAAGGCAAACAGUUGUGCUCAUAUAUUGCACAAUAAAUUCCAAGAAGAAAAUGACCCACAUACUCCAGAGGGAAAUGCCACUUUACAAGGAUGCCUAGAUGCAUUGGUGAGAGCUAGAGCUGUAAAAAAAGAUCCCAUCCUUGAAAGCGGCCCUUUGAAGAAGAAAGGCGUAUUAUCACCUGCAAAAUCACAGGGAAUGCCGAAAUCUCUAAAAUCAAGACAGGUACAGCCUCAAGGAAAGCACGCCCGAUUUCAAGAGCCAACUAUAGCUUUCCAGCUAAAAGAGAACAAACGACUUGUUAAGGAGAGCAGAACACCCUGCGUGCUUCCAAACCCUACAUCUCCACCGGUUUCACCUAAGCGGUCACAAAGUGCUUCUUCAACCCAGUAUGCAGACAAAGUUGCGAAGGCAGUACGGGAGCACUUAGAACCUCUAUUAGAUAGGACACAGCAGGUUGCAGCAAAUGCAGAUAUUCUGAGUGAAAAGCUAUUGGAUGAUCUUUUGGAAGAUACUGCUCAGGAACUGUGGAGUAUGGAGCAGCAUGAGAGACCCCAGACUGAGGCUCUGCCCAUGGCUGACACUCAUAGUCUGGAGUCAAUGUUGCAAAGAAUGGAAGAAAUUGAAAGAUACCAGGAGGCUGUACGCAGGAGAUUCACCCAGAUUGUGUAUAGUGAUUCGGAGUUCUGGGCCCAGGAAGACAGAACAGAACAACAAAUUGCAUCAACAGCUAAAAGACCUACAUCUCCUCAUCCAAUUCAGAUAACCAAAUUAAUCAGAUGCACAGAGCCAGAAAUGGACAUUUUAUUUGAAAAACUUUUUGAUGGCAAUGAUAUUGAUGAAAACAAAGAAGCAGAGGAGAAAUUGCAGACUGGAAAUGACAUUCUGCAGCCCUGGACUCGGAAUUCUCUACAGAAAGAGUGCUAUGUGUCUCUCUCUGUGCCAAAGCAUAUGCUCCAGAGCAUCUUGGAUUAUAACAGCAGAUACAAGCAUCACUUAAAGCUUAUUUCCCAUGAGGCGGUAGGCAGUUUCAAUCCAUGGCAGAUUGCUGAGAGUCUUGCAGAACAACUAACAGAAGAAGCCCUAUGUGAUGUGGCAGCAGAGCUGCAGGAUGUUUGUGAGGAUUAUGCAGAAGCUGUGUUCACAUCAGAGUUUUUGCAGCCAGCACAGUAAAUGCUUUCAGAUCUGCCCCAUUAUCAAAUGCAAUGUCAGCCUCAGUCUAACAGUCUUGUCAGAAGAUCUCAUUUUUCAUGUUUUUGUAAAAGGCUGUGAGAUUCUGCUCACCAAAUGAAUUAAGUCCAUCAAGGAUUCAUCUCAGGUUUUUAUAAAACCAUUAUCAUAUAUACUAGGAUUAGUUCUUUUGGGGAUGUGGCUAUCCAAAGGAAGGAUUCUCAUGGCACAGCAUUAAGUAGAUGUAAACACUUAGCAUUGGCUGUACUCAUAGGCCAACAGCCUGCUUGGACUCUUGCAAUCAACUUCUGAAUGUAGUACCUCUUCUGUUGGUUUCUGAAUAUCACUAGUACAUUAUGCACAGACAAACGAGACCUUUCCAUAGGAGCACAUCAUGGCGAUCUUCUUCCUUUUUUUCUUAAACUAGUCUAAAAUAAUAUGAUUUUAUCAGCAUUUAGUGAUCCAACCCCACAUUCCUUACUCUUAAGAAUCCCAUUGAAAUCAAGAACAACAAAAUAAAUGAACAAUUGGCAUUUCUGCAAUAUUGAAUUAACUUGUUCGUUUCAAGUAAUCAAUGUACUAGUUUGGGUUAUGUCUGGAGCGAGCAAUGAGAAAUAAUUAAUUAUGGUAGUAUUCUAGGGAAAUGCGAAUUCAACCCUUGAGGUAACCCAAAAAACAAUAUGACAGUCUGUUUCCUUUGACAAAUUUCUUUUCUCCAAUAGUGUUCAACCUAUAACAGAAUCAUUUUUAACCUUCUAAGAUUAUUUUAAUUUCCUCUAAUUAGAAUAUACAUUUUUAAAAUAAUUUUGUUUUUAUUGAAGCCUGGUUUACUGUUUUGUUUGUCUUAAUUUACACCAAAUGUAAUGAUGUAAAUGUUACUGCUGAUGUGUGACUUUGCUGAUGUGUGAUUUCUGUAAUUUAAAACACUAUCUUUUUUAUUUCUAAGAUUAUAGAGAUAAGCCUGUUUUUAAGUCCAAAAGAUUAAAGCCAUAGUGUCUCUAUGUAUGUGUAUAUAUGCUUGUGAAAGUAUUUUCAAGAUAUUUUAUUUUUUAAUAAACAACACUUGUUUCUUA